GUGCUCAUGUGAUUCAACUAAGGAUACUUGAAAUCCGAGAACAAUGUAGUAUUAAUUAGCAUUUGUAAUGUUCUAUUCAUAGAUUGCAUUGAGUAAGGCUAUAUAGCUAAUUAUAGAGUUGCUGGUUAUAUGGUUGCAAACCGUUUGGUCAUGAUUAAGCUCGGAUGCCUAAAAGAAAUGUAUCUUUCAGUGCUCGUGGUUUUAUCAGUUCUAGUCUCAGCCAGAGCUGCUGUUCUCUCUUCUGAGUACGCUCACUAUGCAGCUUUGGAUCCGAAAGAGUUAAUGAAGCUGUACUGGACGGUCGACUGGGAUAAGGAAACCGUGUCUUUUGCUGUUGAGGCAGCAACUACAGGAUGGGUAGGUUUUGGAAUCUCGUCAGGGAAUGGCAAGAUGGUGGGUAGCGACAUGGUUAUUGGAUGGGUAAAGGACUCCAAAGGCUACUUGACGGUAGGUCAAUUGUAAGACUAUUGGUCAUCGUGCAUUCUCGGUUGACAUUCCACAGAUACUCCGUACGGAUUUUGACACUCUCGCGCUGCUCGGAAUGUUAGGGAUGCUAGGAUAAUAUCUUAACAUUUCUAAAAAGUACUUACAGCUGAGGCCGCUUGCGUCCCCUCAUCUAAUUUUGUUGUCGUUGUUAUGAUUAGAAAAAGCAUCAAUUCACGUUCAUUUUGUUGCACAAGAUCGUCGGAAUUAGCCGCCUGUCACUAUAUCAUCGAAUCAUUGUUUACAAAAUAAUGAAUAGUGAAAAACGAUGUAAUGAAUAACGAAGCCUCGACGGUCCUCCGUUCUGCGUUUUGUAGAAAGCAUGCUGGAUGAGGCUAGAGCACGAAAAUUUCUUCUUCUGCUCAGUUGGUUUCGCCAUAUUUUCUUGUGACGUUGCAAUUAAUUCUCAUUUUUUGGAGGGAAAGAGGGCAACAAGCAUCCUUGACACUAGUCAGUGUAUGACAGGGUUCACAAUUCCCUCUAAUGUACUGUCUUUUGAAUCCAUUUAUCUACCGGCAGUAAAAUGUGUCUCCACCAAAUUUGUGGGGGAAAUUUGUUAUAAAGAUUGAAUAAUGAUACGAGUUCGUAACAAAGCUGCAUGGUGAUCUUUCUCGAGUAUUCAUUCAUUAAUUAGGCGUGCGUGAUGAUCACAUUUUCAUCACACCAGCCUUUGUUCAGAAACAAGAGAUGAUCUCAUCUUGUUCACAAAUAAGAGACAUUAUUCAUAUCGUUAGUACAAAAAUAGACCCCUCAUUUGAAAAGAUUCGUUAAUUACCUCAUAAAACUGGAAAAAAACUGUUUCUAUGAUUAAGGUCGAUGGAUGAAUAAGAGAAUUUGCUAUAAUUAGUUUCGUUCAGCUCGUAACAGGUUUGUUUCACUGCGGUUAACGCUUUCAAGAGAGAUUUUAAAACGGUUCAUCAUGUUAAUCAUGAUGUUAUAUUUGUCUGAAUGGCACAAGAAGGAAUGCGGAAAACGGAAUGACGUAUACCAAGAAAAUAAGUUGUUUGUCGCAGGUGUGCCGCUGGUGUGCCGCAAGGCACAAAACUGGGCCCCUGGCCUUUCAUCUUAAUGAUAAAUGACUUGAGAGUUAGUAACGUACGUAUGUGGAAGUAUGUGGACGACACCACUAUAGCCGAAAUCGCGCCUAAGGGAGGCCGAAGUAACAUCCAGAGCGCCGUCGACGCCGUUUAGGACUGAUCUCAUGAGCAGAAUAUGCAACUCAGCGCGGAUAAAUGCAAGCAAUCGACUAUUUAUUUUAAGGAGAACAAGCAAUCAUUCGAUCAUGUAGUAGUCGGUGGGAAGGAACUUUCUAAGGAGCAACGUGCUAAGAUAUUAGGAGUUACGAUAUCGAAAGAUUUGAAAUGGAACGGGCAUGUAUAUGAGUCGAUAAGAAAAGCAAAGAAGCGCUUGCAUUUCUUAGUGCUCCUUUAGAGGGCUGGUGUUAGCUAUCAGGACAUUAUGCAAUUUAUUGUGCAGUUCUAAGAUCAGUAUUAGAAUACUGUACACCUAUUUUCCACCAUAGCCUUCCUGAAUACCUUAGAAAACACCUCGAGCACGUCCAGAAAAGAACCAUGUCAAUAAUCGCGCCUUAUUAAUCGUCUAAACAAUCCCUAGAGAGCUAUGGACUCUUUACUCUACGCCAAAGACGCGAUGAUCACUGCUAAAAGCUAUUCAGUGGCAUCGCCAAUUCGAGCGAUCACAUUCUCGCCCACUAACUUCCCCCACGUCAUCAAGGUUCAUAUAACUUGAGAAGCAAAAGAACUUUCAAUCUGCCACGAUUUCACACCAACCGUUUCAAAAACUCAUUCAUCCCGGCCAUGUGCCAACGAGUAAAUAUAUAGCAAUGUUUCGUAAACUGCAGUGCUCUUAGCCAGUAAUUUGUACAGAGCACUUUAGUUAUAUAGAAACCCCAUUGUAAAUAGCCCUAGUUUUAAUUGUACUAUAUUUAUAUUGUAAAUAGUUAUUCCAUUCAGCCUUCGGCUGCGACUUAGUUAUUUCUAUUAAAUUAUCUGUCCAUAUCUAUCUCACGUCAUAUUGCUACUUAAAACCAAAAACCGAACUUACUUUAGACAUACUUUACAUGGACACGUGCCUUAUUAGUACAUAGAUAUGAAGGAAACUGUCCGAAUCGACCUAGCUGGGCACGAAAUGACUGAACUGUUUGAGGCUCUCUCUGAAUGGGUUCGCGGCAAGUAAAGUUCGAGAUGUAGCAUUUUGGCGCCACCCAUCACAUCCUUAGAGAGCAGUCCAUUGACUGUCCAUAGAUGUACGAGCCUAUGACGGAGCUGCUGUAAGUGAAUGAUUUGCCCGGGCAGCCUUUGGAAAAGCGUGCGGAUGAUAAACCGAGGGGUUUGGGAAAUUUACAUCGAUGUGUAACUCUAAAGAAAUGUGUAUCCAACUAAAUAACAACUCUAUUUACAGUAACGUUCCCUUCAUGAACCUCACUAUUUAUACCCUGAUUUGAAAGCAAUCAAUUGUUCCUUUACUAUCACACAUAAAAUGAAAGUUUCGCUUUUGUAUUCUUUUCAGGAUCGUUUUGCUGAUGCAGAGAGUCUACCGCCCUUGGACUGGCAAAAAAACUACGAUUUGACUGGCUGGGAGGAAACAGACAGCAAAACCGUGUUGAAGUUUAAAAGAAAAUUUGACACCUGUGAUCCUAAAGAUAGGAAGAUUGAAGUAUAAAAACCAACUGCUAAAUAUUUUAUAUUCCUUGCAUUUUGUAUAUGUUUGACUUUAUAAAAUUAUUUUUCUCCAAUUGAGUAUGAAAGAACGGAAACUUUAGUGCUUUUUCCUUGCCACUAAAUGCGCUUUUAUUCUUCUCGUUUCUUUCAGCAAGGUACCACAAAAGUCGUUUUUGCUUAUCACACAGAAGACCCAAAGUCUGAGAAUAACAUAAAGAAACAUACCUUUAGGGGUUCAAGGAGUAUCCUUCUCCUUAAUAAUUUGGACAAGAAAACUGUGGAUGAGAAAGGAUGGAAGCAAUUCGACGUUUUCAGUUAUAAUGUGGGUACAUGCUUUUGAUCAUUAUUACAAGAUGCUAAUCUUUUCUUCACGAAAACUUAUUUCUGUCGCAAAUCACAGUUAAAAAUUCAAUCCUUGAUAACAUCAUAUUACAGGUUACAAUUCCCAAAAAGCACACAACAUACUGGUGUUCUCUCGUCAAGAUCCCGGAAAUCAGAGGCAAACACCACAUAACAAAGGUUUGUCAUUACACUGAUGUACUUUAUUACUGGUCAAUUGUUUUCAGUGUCUUUUCCAUCGUCUUUAACUUGUUAUUGUCUCUAUUCAGUUUAAUUUUAUGCUGAUCAAGUCACCCAUGGGUCAGCUAGUUAUUCAUUUGGACCAAACUUAAGACGAUUCAACGAUAAAACCCUCCAUUUGGCACUUGUGGGCUUUGUCGCCCUAUACGUCUUUCUCAUCUAGAGUUGACCUUUAGCUUCAUUUUCACAAAAUCGUCUCGUCGUUUUUCAUACAUAUUGAUAAUGGUCAACUAUAAAUUAAACAUUUUGUUUGUAACGCACAUUUUUGUUACCCGAUGUAGCCCCUCUCGCUUGUACUGAAAUUUCUCUCAUAGGACGUUUUAAACUUCCCCUGAGAUAAGUCUGACCACCAUAACUUUCAUCAUUUUUCAGUUUGAGCCAGUAAUAAAAAAGGGAAACGAAGGCAUCGUGCAUCAUCUUGUGGUCUACGCAUGUCCAGGGAACUAUAAUGACAGCCAUUAUGGCUCUGGGUAUGAUUGUGAGGAUCCAAAUAUGCCACUAAGAGAGUGUUUCGGCUCUCAAAUUGUUGUAGCGGCAUGGGGAGUUGGAGGCGAGGUAAGGAGUUUUGGUUGAUGAUACUCUAGAUAAAGUUAAUAAUUUUAUUAAAAUUGAAAUGCAAAUCAAAACUAUUUGUAUUUACCUUAAAAACCCACCACGGCAUAAUUAGUGAUCUCAUUUACUAUUUAUUUUGUUAACGCCUAGGCAUUUUACUAUCCAACGCACACUGGUUACCCGAUUGGAACGGAAGAUUCACCAAAUAAUUAUUAUCUAGAACUACACUAUGACAAUCCAGAGAAUAUUGAAGGUCAGUGAAUCUGUCCCUGCUGUUGAUAUUAAGCUGCUUUAAAACAGCUCUUUUGCUGUUAUUGAGCUUCAAAAAAGUCUCUUGGGCUGUGUUCUCACAUCUCAAUCGUUACUUUGUUUAAAAGGACGAAAAGACAAUUCGGGAGUUCGUUUUUACUACACUCCCCACCUCCGUGACUACGAUGCUGGUACAAUGACAGUCGGAGAAGCAGUUACCUCGUAUAUGGUGAUCCCGCCACAACAAGAAUCCUGGCUAACUAAAGGAUAUUGCCCCAAAGAGUGUUAUCAGGUAACUUUGUCGCAGAUAUUUUGCUCUUUGAGAUUUGGGAACUGUUUGUGUGCCGGCAUUUCUCAUCGAAAAAAUAUUGUUCAAACACCUGGAAAUGUAAUACAUAAAUGUGUUCCCACCUUUGCGAUUUUUUCCCAUUUCAUCUACUUCCACCCUUUUUCAGAAAACCUUGGAAUCGACAACACUUCCAGAAAAAGGGAUAAAGGUCUUUGCUUCUUUCCCUCACACUCAUCUACAGGGUUAGUCCAUUAUUGAUGUCUACUUAAACUAUUUCAUAUUCUUCCUAUUUCCAAAUACAAAAUACAUACAAGCUAGAAAGAACUCAUUGUUGUCUCAGACAACAUGCUGUGUAGUUGAUAAUGUGUAAUCAGUCUAUUGAUUUUUUUAUUGAGUGCAGAUUCAUAAAGUCAUACUGCUAUACUUUUCCAUCAGGGCGUGCAACAUGGACGAAACAUGUCCGCAACGGAGUUGAAUUACCUGAAAUUGUCCGUGAUGACAAUUAUGAUUUUAAUUUUCAGGUAAAUGAAUAAGUUAACGCUUCUUUAUCUCCACUUUAAGUUUGCUUUGUUAUUCAUAUACGUAUAAUCGAUUCUGUGAUGAACUUAUAAACUGCUAGCGACGGGCAUAAGUGGGCCUACAUAGUUAUUCUUGAAAACAUUCUCGGAAAAAGAAACGGAAAUUUUGACAAUAGGGGAGAAAGUUUAAAAUUUCGUCGAAUGCAAGAACAGAAGCAUGCACUGUUGGUUGUACAAUUAUCUGGAAUGUUCACCCCUAUGAUGGUAUCACAUGUAGUCACUUUUAAAGAAUUAUUCCUUCAUUCGUUUUUAUCCCUUCAAUCAGUUAAAAAAUCGAUCGGUUACUUGAUCUAAUUAUCAUAAAGACAAGUAAACUUUCCUUUCGCAGGAUAUACAAAUUUUAAGGAAGGAGGUUCACGUAAAACCGGUGAGAGCCACUUAAAACAUUUUACUUUUAAGAAUCAUAUGGUUGAAAAUCUUCUGAUGCAAAGAAAAGGAUUAACAAAUGUUAAAUACAUUUGCUCAACUUUAAAUGCCUUAUCGACAUUAAGACAUGAAAAUCAAACAUUACCAAAUAUAUUGACUUUUUUUUGUCUUUUAGGGAGACGAUUUGAUUCAUUAUUGCAAAUAUCAAACUAUGAACCGCGAUAAGCUCGUAAUGGUAAGUUGACAGCAGGGGACCUUGGAAAGCCCUAUAUCUUCAUCUGCCUGCCUGAGGAUAAUUUAUGAUUUGUUUUGAAGUUGUUGUACUUCAGGGAAUCCCAUAAAUGUAGUACCUUUAGUAAGCUUGUACCUCUUUUGGUCUUCAAGGAAAGUUACGGGAUUGAAGCUCCUCAGUUGGGUAUCAUAUAUUGACUAUCAAUCAUUGCGCUAUAAACUUGGAGUUUCCACGUUGCGAAAGAUCUGUUGUUAUUUUGUUCAUUUAUUUAAUUACUUCGUUUUAUGCUUCAUAUAUUUAGGGUGGAAUAGCAACCUCUCAAGAGAUGUGCCUAAACUUCUUAUUUUACUAUCCAAAAGUGUCGAAUGCCACGUUAAACUGCAUCAGUCUUCAAAGAGACCCAGUACAAGACUUCAUCAGAAGUAACAUGUAAGUACUGUUGAUAUUCCUAACCGGCAGCGGACUUUUCUCGGAAUUGAAGUUUUAAGGAUGGCGCCUGGAAAUUUUGGAUGAAUAUUUCUUUUAGCGACUGUUCAUUUAUUCGAUCACUAUUUGCUUAUUACUGAUGGCAGCGCAUCCCUCAACGUGACGUCUGAGUGGUCUAAUCCUCUUGUUGGUGCGAAUGUUACUUGGACGAAAGAAAUGGCGACAGACUUGCAGAGGAGAUACAACGAAGCUGAAACAUUUCUUGUACCUUGUCUUUGGGUAAGUAAACCCUCCUACUCGGGUAUGUCAUAAAUCAUUUCCUUAAAUUUUGGUAUAUCAUCAAAAAGGCAAAAAAGUGGAGUUAAGAAAGACAGCCUGAAACCGACACUGAUGUUUUUUCCGUUUUGAUAAUUACAAAGUACGUUUUUUCAACAGAAAAGUGUCGCAUGAUUUUCGGAUUUUUCGAGUCGUUUAUCUAUAUGCUAAUCAAUUUAAUUUCGUAUUUGACAGGGAAAAAUACCCGGCAACAGGUUGUCAGUGCCAAAGAUAACCCGUUCUCUACCACCAAAAGAGUCAAAGUGUGAUCAACCAGCUGCUGCUGCCUCUGCCAUGGUGACUGCCUCGUGUUCUUUGUUUCUUUCUUUGCUGAUGGUGUAUUUGAUGUUGCUGUAAGAUUUGACGUGGAGCUUUUUUCUUUUUUUACGCAUGAUAAAAGAAACCGUAUUUUAAGAUAAACAUAUAGCAAAUUAAUAAACAGUUUGGUAGUUCUGAUGACUUUGCACAUGUGUUCAUGAUUCCCUUUUAUUGUGUUGCGAUAAAUCUGAAGGACGGAGAUCCAUCGGGAAGACUAUCUGUUUUUUUUAAAAUAUGAUUAGAUGAAUCAAUUUUGACGGUCUCCUCGUUUUUAGAUCAACUUGUAACAUGAGAGAUAAAUGGUGAAACAGUGUGUGAAAAUUAAUGAUGAUAAAUAAAGCACUGUUUGGAUAAUUUCACUUCUGAUCCGGCAUUAGGUUAACAAAAGUAGUUAGAAAGUACAAGAGGUGUUAGUGUGACACACAGAUUAGUUCAAGAACCGACGACUUCUGCAUAACGAAGAUGACGCAUAGAUUGUUAAUCCUAAAGCCUAUAUACGAUGUACUGCGCCAAUUAACAGACAAUAAAUUGGAAGCAGUGUUCUAACGAGC